AUGAGAAGCGUGUACGUGUGCUUCUGCCUGGCUCUGCUGCUGCCCCGCUGGGUCCCGGGCCAGAGGAGCAGCGGCGCCGCCCUCGCCAGGCUCCACGAGGACGCGCGGAUGGACGCGCUGGCCGCCGACCUGCUGAGCCGCGGCGGCGCCUUGAACUCGCUGCUCCAGUCGGAGCAGCAGCGGCGGCCGGCGCCGAGGGGGGCGCGGGCGCCGCGCCCGGCCGCCCAGGUGCCCAAGAGAGCCCAGCAGGGGUCCCGCUUCGCCCUGUCCCUCGACGUGCCCACCAGCAUCCUCAGCGUCCUCAUAGACCUGGCCAAGAACCAGGACAUGAGGACCAAGGCUGCGGCCAAUGCGGAACUGAUGGCACGAAUAGGCAAGAGGAAAUGAGGCGGCGGUGGGAGCAGUUUGAGGAUCUGAUGGAGGAAUCCUGGCUUCAGAAACAAUGUUAGUCUGGGUAAAAACGGUCAAUGUGUGUUCUGUAGAGCUUAGCUUUACUUUUUUACUAGUUGAAAAUAAUUGAUAUACAAGAAAACACUCCACGGACGGACUGAGAAUGACGCUGAGCAUCAACCAGGACACAGCCAACCAAGUCCGACAGCAGAAGAUGACACUGACCCUUUGUCUUGAACAUUAUUCACCUUAUUCCGAGUCAGAAACCGAUCAGGUUGUGAAAUCAGCUGCUUUUUGUGUGUUUGCAUGCGUAAUCUUGAAUUCAAAGGUUGUUCAAUUAAAUCCAGUCUGAUAAU